AUGGUAUCCAUUCCUACUUACCAAAAGGCAGCCGUCGUGCAGGACCCCGGUGAGAACUUCAAGAUCGUGCUCCGCGAUGACGUCCCCAUCGGAGAACCAGGACCCGAAGAGAUCCUCGUUAAGUUAACAUGCACGGGUCUUUGCCACUCUGAAGUGCGAGCCGUGCUAGCUUGGGCUGUGUACAAAUCAAUCAUCGGGCAUGAAGGUGUUGGGACAGUCGUCAAAGCGGGCGCUAACGUUUCCCCUUCCCUUAUGGGUAAGCGCGUGGGAGUGAAAUGGCUUUACAACGCCUGCACGGAAUGUUCAAUCUGCCAGCGAGGAUUCGCCAACAAUUGUCCCAAGCAGCUAAACACUAGUCGUCAUGUUCCUGGCACAUUACAGCAGUACGUUGUGGCCGAUGCACGGUUCAUCACGAUGAUUCCCGAGGGACUCAGCGAUGAAGUCGCCGCUCCACUUCUCUGUGCUGGUCUCACCAUGUCAGGAGCCUUGGCGCAUCUCGACCAGGAGCUACAGCCCGGUGACUGGAUUGUGAUUUCGGGGUCGGGUGGUGGACUCGGUCACAUCGGUGUGCAAAUUGCUGCACGAGUCAAGAAGCUUCGAGUCAUCGCGAUAGAUAGUGGCAAUGCCAAGCGAAAACUUAGUUUGGAAUCUGGGGCGGAGGCAUUUGUGGAUUUCAAGACGGAGGAUGUCGCAGCGCGGGUAUUAGAAUUGACUGGAGAGGGUGCCCACGCCACCAUUGUCGUGCCAGGGACCAAGGAAGCCCUUCAAACGGCACCAUCAGUGGUAAGAAACAUGGCGACUAUCGUGUCUGUGGGAUUACCACCAAAUCAGAUGGAUAUUCCGAUUUCUGCGACCAUCUGUGCUGCUCGAGGUGAGAUAUAUAUACCAGGAUCUGUUCACAUAGUUCGAGUGCUAAUUUGA